UUCCGGGAAUGUUUGGUGAUGUGGCUAUGCUCUGACAUCCAUCCGAGGAAAUAUAUCAAAUCAAAAGCAGAUACAUUUACCUGGGAAGCACUCGCACAGUGCCAUCUUUAUGUUAAGCCGUCUGGCCACAGUCCUCCAGGAGCUCUCUGGAGAGGAGGGCCCAGAUGGAGACCCACAGGGCAUGCUGGUGCCUCAGCUCCCUGCCGGUGAGGACCAGGCUCCAGUGGAGUCUGAGGCUCCUGAGGAGGCGAUGGAGAGGCUGGCUCACCUGGAACAACUGGUGGUCCAGCUGAAGGAGCUUAUCCGAGACAAAGACACCCAGCUCAUCCAAAAGGACGCUGAACUGUCUAACAAAGAUGCACGGCUCAAGAAUGAAAAAGAUGAAGCUGAGGCUCGCUUCACUAAACUCAAACUGCAGGCCAAAGCCAAGAUGGCUUCACUCAACAAACAGAUAACUGAGUUGAAAGGACAUGAAGGAGCAACACAGAGUCCAGACAGCUCUUUUACAGGAGCCGGUGCUGCAAUCGAGGAGGAUCUCCAAGAACUUAAGAACAAGCUGAGCGAGGAGGAAGCCGUCCGCAGAGAGCUGCAGGAGCGACUCCAGACCACAGAACAGCUCCUUCAAGAGAAGGAAUCUGCCCAUGCUUCACAGUUGCAGAAACUGCAGGCUGUGGUCUGUGAGAAGGAUGUGCGUUUCCAGGAACAGAUCCAGAAACAUGAAGAAGAGCUGCUGAGGGUCACAGCACAGUCUCAGAGGGACAGUGAGCUUCAGCAGGCCCUGCAUGCAGCACAGAGGCGUUGUGAAGAGCUUGAGGAGGCCUUAAGCUCUCGGUCCCAAGUGCUGGAAAUGCUGCAGCAGGAAGUGAGCAGUGCUGAUCAGCAAAAACAGAUCUUGACUGCUCAGUUCCGGCAGAUGGAGCAGGAGCUGGCCGAGGCCGCCAAGCAGAGGGAGGAAGAGAGGCAGCAGUGGGCCGAACAGGCCAGCAGGGCCCAUGCAGAAGUCGCAGCCCUGCGAACCAGCUUGGAGGACUUGGAAAGAGAAAAAACGGAGGUGGCAAGACAAGAGGGCGAGCUGGCCUCCCUGAGAGAGGCAGAGCAUGCUAGUCAGGAGGCUCUGGGAAAGGAGAAGAUGGAAGUUGCCAGAUUGGAGAGAGAACUGUCUCUGAUGAAAGAGGCUGAACUCGCAGCUGUCCAAGCUAGCCACGAUGCUUUAGAGAGCACCAGGGUGGAAGUAGUUCGGCUCGAAAGUGAACUUACCUCUAUGAGAGAGGCAGUUGUCGGUGCCAGCCAGGAGGCCUCAGAGAGGGAGAAGUCGGAAAUUGAUAAACUAGAGCGAGAGCUGGCGUUAUGUAAAGAGGAACAUGAAGAUGUCCAGAAGAAAUGUGAAAUCUUGGGUGAUAUUUGGAGACAUCUACGUUCUCUGGCUCUUGAGGAUGUGCAAGCAGCAGAUGAAGUCCCCUUCCCUGCUGACCUUUCCCUGUUCCUGGACACUGUGCAGUCUUUUGAGACACAACUGACAAAGCUGAAAGAUGAACGCAGUGAGAGUAAAGAACAUUGUGCUGAGCUCACACACACCAUACAAACCCUUCAGGAACAACUGGACAGAAAAACCACAGAACAGGAGGAAACCACUGCCAAGAUACAACAGUUGGAGCUUCAAGUUCUAUUGACAUCUGAAAGAGGUGAUGUGACUGAACCAGCUGCACAGGAUUUAUCUGAAGCUAAUAAAGCACACAUACUGGAAUUGGAGCAGCAGCUUUUAGAAAAAGACAAUGAGCUGGUUGCCUUACGAGAGUCCCUCAGUGGGGUUGCAUCAUGUGAAAACUACAGUCAGACUCCAGAUCAAGGUCACGAUGCCAGCACGGCCCUCCAUGACAGUUGUGCAGCCCUUCCUGGCUUCCUGGACGACACACAAGAAGAGGACACCACCUUAGUUGCUCAGGACACCUCAGUCCUCUCCAUUCCUGCUGAUAACGAGAGCAGCCCAGAGCUUAUUGGACACCAGUCUGAGUCCCCAGAAGAAUCCAAAGGGACCUCCUCAGAUGAGAUGGUCGCCAGCAGUGAUUCAGAGGUGGCCCACAGCAGCUGGACCCUCCUGGAAGCUGUCAAUCAAGAUGGAGGCCAGGAGUGGCCGUCCAUCCUGCAGGACUUUGGCCAGCUGCAGCUGCAGUCAUGGGAGGCGACGAGCAUGGAGCAGGAAACAUCCACAGUUCAAGUUGAGUCGUCCUCUGUCAUCAUCCGAGAGACUGUACAAGUUCAUCUAACUCAGCAGAGUUCUUCCACCACAGAUGGAGACGUCCCCUCUGGCCAGGUCUUUGCUCAGGCCUUGGCUGAGGAACUUCAGAAGAGGUACAGUGAGCUUUUGGCUGAGCUUCAGAGGCUCAGAGAGGCAGCUGCAGAGUCACAGGAGAAAAUCAAGAACCUGGAAGAAGAAACACAGUGCCUUGCUGCUGCCAAAGAAGAGGCCGAGUCCCAGGCCAAUGGCUUUAUAGAAGAACUGAAGUCAGCCAGAGAGGAGCUGGACAAGCUCUCUCAGCAAAGCAGCUCAGUGGUGGAGAAACGCGGUGUUGAAAUGCAGCUUCUAGAAGAACAGUUAGACAUUUUAAGCACUCAAAGUAAAACUAAGGACGAGAAGAUCCAGGCCCUGCAGACAGAACUGGAAAUGGCUCGUCAAGCUUUCUCUGAGCAGGAGGGGCAGGCCAGGAUGCUGAGUGCUCAGCUGGAGGAAAGAGAGCUCCUCUCCUCUGAGCUUGAAAGGAGGCUGCAAGACAUGGAAAACAGCAUGUUGGAAUACUCUCAAACAUCAGAGCUCAACAAUGACACUUUGUCAAAGAAGGACUCUGAGAUCAGUGAGCUACAGCUUCGUCUCAGCCAAAAAGAGCAAGAGGUGAUGGAGCUCAAUGACAGCAUGUCUGCUAAGCUCCUCCAAGCAGAAGAAGAGAAGUUCCAGACAGACAGUGAGGUCAAUAAACUGAAGGGGCAGAUAGUGGACCUUGAGAAAGUCAGAGACGAGAAACAGAAAGGGAGUUCUGAAGACUCAGCUGCUCAUGUAGAUGAUGAACUUGGUACUUUGCGAAAGGAGAAAGGAGUGCUGGAAAGCCAGCUGACAACCACAAAGAAGAAAUUGCAGGCUGCACUUGUGCAACGCAAAGAGCUCAUGAGGAAGGUGGCUGAAUUUGAGGUAGAAGCAAAGAAAUGGAAAGAGCGAGAUGAAACUGCAAAGGCAGAAACUCCUGCAGACAUCCCAGAGGUUGAACAAUCUAGAGCACGUGAGCUUCGAGAAAUGGAGGCUAAAGUCAUUGAACUCGAGCAAGCUUUAAGAUCCAAAGAAGAGGCAGUUGAAACUCUUGAACAGAAAAUUAGCCAGCAGGAUCAAGUUCUCAAUGAGACGCUUGCUCUGAAUCGAAAGCUAAGUGAAGAAGCUGAAAACUCUCAGCAGACUGACAGUUCUUCUGAAACAACUGUGUUACAAUCCCAAGUGGUCUCUCUUGAAGCAGAGUGUGAAACCCUUCAGAAAAAAGUUCAGGAGGCCCAAGAAUCUCGCAAGGAAACAAUCCGCAAAGCAAAAGAGAAAGAUAGGCACCACCGUGAACAGCUGAAGCAGCAGAAAGAAGAAUACAGCGAGCUCGUGGAACGUUUUGAGGUGCAGAGCGGCGAGCGAGAAGUUCUUCUCACUAAAUUGAGAGAAUUAGAAGAAAAAGUGAGCACCAAUAGAGAAUCUCACCACGAGACCACGCAACUGGCUGAAAGUUUGGCAAAGCAAGCAGCAGGUGAUUGGGUCCAAGAGGAUUGGGUGGAUUUUGCCACAUCUGAGACUGAUUCAUCGCAACCCCAAUCCAGCGAUUCAGUUCAGCGUCCUGCAGAGCAGUCGGACCUCCUUUCUGCACAAAUGGAGGAAUCUGUGAAAGCUCUCAGAGGAGAGAUCCAGACUGUGCGGAUGGCUAACACAGAGUUAGAGAAGCAGCUGCAGGAAACCCAGACCAGUUUGUCACUGAAGGAGGCUGACUUAUUGGAAUUGGGCAAAGAGCUACAAGCAUUACGAGAAAAGGAAAGACAGAUUGAUGCACUCUCAGGGGAAAUUAAUGAUCUUAGAGAAAAGUAUCACCGGGCUGAGUCUUACGCUGAAACCCUGAAAGCAGAGAUGGACGCUGCCGCCAAAACAGAAUCUGCAGAUUCUACAUUCUCAAUUACAACUCUUCAGGCCGAAGUGGAGGACUUUAAGCAGUUCCUUGUCAGUAAGAACCAUGAAAUCACGGAGCUAAGCCAGCAGCUUAGCGAGCAGAACUCUCUCAUACGCUCAAUGCAGGACACAGUGACUCAGAAGGAUCAGCGAAUAUUUUCUUUACAGGAAGAACUGAAGGCUGAGCAAGAAAAAACCCAAAGGUUAGAGGUCGAGCUCCCACUGAAGCAAGAGGAAGAAAAAGACAGCGAGGCAAAGAACCAGCAGCUGCAACGGAAACUUCAGGCUGCCCUGAUCUCUCGCAAAGAGGCCCUAAAAGAAAACAAAACCCAGAAGGAACACCUAGCUUCAACUGAGAAGCUCCUAGCUGAACUGCAGCAGAAAAUGGAGUCGGCACAAGAUGAGCUGGAGAAGCUGAGAGCGGAAAAAGUUCGACUGAUUGAUGAGGUUGACCGGACAUUACUGGAAAACCAAAGCCUAGGAUCAUCCUGUGAGAGCCUCAAACUGGCCAUGGAGGGCAUACUGAGUGAGAAAGCUGCCUGUAAGAGAGAAGUAGACCAAGCGAAAGAAGAAGCUGCCAGAACCUGCAGAGAAUGGGAGGAAAAAGUUCAAGGCAUGAAGGACGAGUACGAGACUCUGCUCAAGUCGUACGAAAACGUGAGCGAUGAAGCAGAGCGAGUGAGACGAGUCCUGGAAGCUGCCAGGCAGGAGAGACAAGAGCUCGCGGCCAAGGUGAGGACGCAGGAGGCUGCGAAGCAGGAUGCCGAAAGACGGGCGGAAGAGUCGCAGAAAGAGGUGGAUUCGGUGAAAGACAAAAUGAGAAAGUUUGCCAAAACAAAGCAGCAGAAAAUAAUGGAGUUAGAGGAGGAGAAUGAGAGACUUAGUGAGAUGCAGGACAAGAAUGUAAUAAAACGAGAGGGCAGGGCUCUCAAAGCUGAGGUGGAAAGACUUCACGAUGAGCUGGGGGCUUUGAAAGCUGAGUUAGACACUACAGUGGCAGAAAGGGACUCUUUAGGGCAGCAGAUUGAAGAAUUGAGGGAACAACUCGACCAAACAAGAGAGAAAGAAGACAACAUAAUUCAUGCUACACUGCUUAGCUCAGCCCCCGUUGUAGAAGAGGUUAUCACUGCCCAGCAAUCCGACAUAAUCAUGACCAAAGCAGAGCCUGUUGAGAGUCAGUAUGAAGACAAAGAAGAAGACACAGCAGCUAACCAAAUAGCUGCAGUGCAUGCACCAGAAACACAUUCACAACCUACUGAGGAAAAAGAAAAAGCAGAAAUGACUGAAAGUAUUCAAGUUUUAUUAGAGGAUAAAAUGAGGGAGAUGGAGGCAGCUGUUAAUGCCGAGAGGGAACUGUGGCAGGAACAGGAGGCUAGGCUCAAAGCUGAGCUGGCCUCUCUUGAGCGAGAUCUUCAGGAGAGUAGAGAAAAGGAGAGCCUUGUGGCCUCUCUAGAGAAGUGUCUCCAAGAGGGCGAAGAGAGAGAAAAGAGCCUGAUUGAAGAGGGUUCAAAGAGGGAAGCCCAGUUCAAAGAGCUGCUCAGAGGCCUCGAAACUGAGAAAGAUAACCUGGAGGAGCGUCUGAUGAACCAAUUGGCUCAGCUCAACGGCAGCAUCGCUGGCUACCAGCAAGAGGCAGCAGACAACCGGGAGCACCUCGCUGAGCUGCAGCGGGAGGUGGAGAGGCUGGAGAGAGAGCGUGCCGAGCUGGAAGCCGAGGCUCAGAGUGAGAGCGACCGGGCUGCCAGGCUGGAGGAGGACAUGAGGCAAGCCCAGAGACAGAGAGCCGAAGCUGAAGCAGAGUCUGGUAAGCAGAGGGAGCUGGAGCAACAGCUGAGGUCUGCUCAGAGGGUCCGAGAAGGCAGCCAGAGCAGAGCACGUCAGCUGGAAGAACUGUUGAGGGAGAAGCAGCUGGAGGUCCGUCAGCUGCAGAAGGACUGCAUCAAGUACCAGGAAAGGAUCAGUGAACUAGGUAAAGAAGCUAAGGCGCUGAGGCAAGGCCACGAAGAGCUCCACAACAAACUAGAACAGUCCCAACUGGAGACUUCCAAAACUGUUGAAGACCUGAAAAGGACUCAAGCAGAGUUGGCUAGCUGCAAAUCUCAGCUGGAUGAGGCUCAGAAGAAGGCAAGCGAGGCUUUAGCGGAGAAAACGACCCUUGAACAGAAUGCCCAACAGAAGGAGGCCUCGAUGAAAGCAGAGGCAGAGCAAACCCUCGACUCUGUGAGAUUUAGGCUUGGAGCCGAACUGAAGGAGAUGGAGCUGAGACUGGAAGAGGUGGACCGAGAAAGAGACAGGGAAGAGGAAGCCACUCUGGAGGCCCGAGAGGUCGCAGAAGCAGCCGAGAGACGGGCCCAGGAGAUGCAAGCCCGUCUGGACGAGUCUCUGGCCAGGUUAGCCGCUUUCUCACGCUGCAUGUCCUCACUGCAAGAUGACCGUGACAGAGUUUUGGACGAGACCCGACAAUGGGAGACUCGUUUUAAAGAUGCUCUGCAGGGUAAGGAGGCUGAAGUUCGGGAGGCUGAAACACGGGCCAAGGAACUGGCAGAACAGCUUCAGAGAGAAUCUGCCCUGAGAGAGGAACUUCAGCUAUCAGUCGACAGACUAGAGAAAGCAAUCAAAGAUUGCCAGCUGAAACUGGAAGAGGAGGAAAAGAAAGUUACAGAAAGCAAAACUGCCCUAGAGGAGGAGAGGAGCAAGCUUCGGCAAACUACAACUGAGCUGCAGUCUGCACAAAAUGAAGCCCAUGCUCUGAAAAAUGAGGUCGAGAGUCUCAUUCAGAGGGCCAGAGCUCUGGAGGAGGCUGUAGGUCGGCUGCAGGGUGAAGUCGACCAGGCCAGGACUGAGCUGAGGGAGAGGGAGGCAGAAGAGAGGCGGCUGUGUCUGAACGUGGAGCAACUAGAGACCGACCUGAGGUCCUCUAAGGCCCUGACAGAGAGUCUGCAGACUGAGUUAAAUGAAAAGGAAAAGAGAGAGGUGGAAAUGCUGGGGGAGAAGGAGCAAGCUGUCACUCAGGCUGCAGAGGAGGCUAGAAAGGAGGCCGACAGCAGGGCAGAAGAGGCUGAGAAGGAGCUGGAGCAGAGAAGAGGGGAAGUGCGGGAUCUGGAAGAAAAAUUUCGAAAGGCAGAGGAAGAGAGCAACAACAGAAAAGCCAGACUGGACUCUUUCAUGAAGGCCAUGGGCUCCUUGCAGGAUGACAGGGACAGAGUCCUCAACAUGUACAAACAGCUGGAGGAGAAACACCUGCAGGUGAUAAUGGAAAAGGACGGUCUGAUCCAAGAGGCGGCAGGGGAGAACAACAGCCUGAAAGAAGAGCUGCGCUCUCUGCUGGUCCAGAGAGACGACCUGUAUGCCGAAAAGGCCCAGCUGUCUGCUCAGCUUCACGGCUACCGUAACGAACUUAACCAAGUCCUGAGCAUGAAGGACUCCCAACACAAACAGCUUCUGGCAGCUCAGCGAGAGCGUAUUGCCUCUCUGGAAAAGGAACGCAAUGAGUUGGAAAGUCAGGUAAAGAGCGUGAGCAGAGCCAGAGAGACGGGAGUAGAAGCAGUCCGAGUGGAAAGGGAGACUCUUAGCCAGGCUGUUGACGUUAGGACAGCGUCACAGGUGAUCAACGCUCCCGGUGCGGAAGUUGAGAAGCUGAGGGAGCAGCUGCAAGCAGCGAAAGAACAAGUGGAGGCUUUGGAGGAGAGGCGACUCAAGGAGAGACAAGAGCAGGUGAGCAGGAGCAAAGAGCUAGCUGAGCUGCGAUGGGAGGGAGGUGUGAUGCGGACAGAGUCAGAGAGUGCUCAGGAGAGGGUGGCAGAGUUGGCCAGAGACUUGCUGGCUGUUGAACAGAAUCUGUUACAGGAGAAAGAGGCAACGGCGCAGCUGAAAGCAGAGAACCAUUCGUUCUCAAAAGCCAUGGCCUCCCUGCAGGACAGCAGGGACCAGGCAGUAAGCAAGGUCCAGGAACUGAGCCAGAAGCUGGAAGAGAUGAGCAAGGCAGGUGGCCACGCAGCACACAGCAGCCCUGGAGGCUCCACUGGAGAAGUGUGGGGGCUGAAGAACGCACUACAAGCCCUGCAGAAUGACAGGGAGAGACUGCUGGAGCAGCUUCAAACCCAGUCAUCUGAGCUCAAGAAGCAGAAGUCGGAGCUGGCUCGACUGGGAGCAGGAGAGCUGAUUAAAAUCAGCCAGGAGCUGUUUGAGGAGAAGAACAAGAAUGAAGACCUACUGGGUGUCAUAAUGCAGCUAGAGAAUGUGGUGGAAAUGGGCAAGCAGGAAAUAGAAACUCUCAGACUGGAGCGUAUUGACUGGAUGGCUCAAGCAGAGCAGCUGAAGCAGCAGACCCUCGCCACACUCUCGGAGCGGGACCAACAACUGCGGCAACUCACCGCCAUGCUGGAGGAAGCCCGCGCACACAAGCCCAAACUUCAGCAGGAACACUAUCAGAGAGAGGGCACAGAGGAAGUGGACAGUGCUCCUGGAGCCCCACAGGAGCGCAGUGGCCUGGUAGACAGCCCCGCAUACGUAGCUGAGGUCAAAGAGCUACAGAGAAGGCUGGAUGAAGAGAUGCAGCAGAGGGUGGCUGCUGAGGAGCAGCUGAUGGACACACAGGAUCGACUCAAACGUCAUAGCCAGGCUAAAUGGCACCCUGCACAAGAAGAGGAUCACUCAGAGACUGCUGUUUUUAUCGACCCGGAAGGAGCUGUCACUCGAACUCGGAGAAGUGGCCCGGGUUGGAUGCGAAUGCUCAGAGUGGCCUUCUGCUCCCGCCAGCGCACCCCUCUGCUGUUCAGCCUCUAUCUGCUCACUGUGCACGUCCUGCUGCUGCUGUGUCUGGGCGGAUACCUCUGAAACCAGCUUCUUUUAAACAAAAAAAAAAACCCUGACGGAUAAGAGAUCGAGUUAGAGAGAGGAGGGGGAAAGAAAAUGGAAACGUGACACAGACCUAACCCAAGCCAUCAAUAUGUUUUAUUUUGUAUAAGGGUGUGACAGAUCUUCUACACCCAAAUGUUGCACUUUACACGACUUCAUCUUUUAGCCAAAGUAUGUAGAUUUAUAUAGGAUGUUGUUGUCAUUGGUUUUAACUAUGUUGCUCUUGUAUGACUUUGAGGGAAACCUUAAUUUAUCUUUUUUUUUUUUUUCACCAAAACAAGUUCCCUCCCGAGACCAUUUUGCAGAGCCAUCAUCUCUGCGUCCGGAGCUUAGCGCCGGCCAAGAUGAUUGUGAUUGGAUUAAACAAAUUCAAAGCACCCAACCAGGAAUGUAUGUGUAGAGGAGCCAGACCUUACUCUGCAGCACUGUGGAGUAAGGUCUGGCGAUGGCGAGACUUAUCGAAAUACCUUAACUACUGAGUAUCAACAUAUGCUCCCCGUAUUCUUACCGUACACUUACCCCUGUUUGUAAUCAAAAACAUACAUAAUUAUAUUAUAAUAGUCACGAAAAUGCACACAAACACAUUAGGUAUGCUUUUUCAACAAGGCAGCAUAAAUCAUCAGAACACCGGCGGUGUUGCACAGUAUUCUGUGAUCCGGUUUGAGCAGUUGCCUGGCAACCUGUGCUGACUCUUGAAAAACGGAAAAUUGUCUCUUUGAAAUAACGUGUUAAUUAGUCAUCUUUAGAGGGGCUUUUAGGGGGAUUUUGUUACCGUUGGACACAGCGAGCCUAGUUUAUUAGUGGUAUCAAUCUUGUCUCUGGCAAGGAAGCAAAUAAGCAUAUUUCCCAAGAUGUGGAACUAUUCUUUUAAGAUGGCUUGAGGUUCAGGACAUGCUGUUAUAGCCCAGUCUCCUCUUCUUCUACUCAUUUUAUGCACAAAAACGGAGCACAGUGCAAUUUCUGUUCUUACACAUUCCUAUUGUGUGUUUCCUUUUCCUCUUAUAUAAAUCGCAUUUAAAAAAGGGAGCAUUAUAGUGAUAUUUGUACAUAUGUACAUGUAUUAUGUAUGUCAUCUGGAUGUAGGUUUCCCUCUUGCAUAUCCAACAAGAUUCCCUGUCCAUGAUUCUGUUGCACAGAUUUAGAUUUUACAGUUUGCUCUGUAGUUUUUUAUGGCAGAGGAAGCAGUUAUUCAUGUUACCACAGUGUGGGUUCAUUCCAGAGGAGAAAGACUGCUGUGUUUUCUAAUGAUAUCUAUACCAUUAUAGACUAUUCUGAUGUAGCAUAAUUUAUUGCCCAUAACAGUUAGAAUUAUUCACCACCUACAUAAAUAUUGACGUCAUCCUCUUGAUUCUUGUUUAUUUAAUCGCUCACUGUUGGUGAAAUGAUCCCUCUGUACUCAUCUUCUCUAUCAAUUUCUUAUGUUCUUUAUAUCUUACACACUGAAAUAUACUGUAAAUAACUGUUACAAAAGGGCUGUAUAGAAAACUAAAAUGUAAUAAAAAUGUUGGUGGUUUAGAUCCAGGACCAGGGACAGAUCUUGUCAAGCAUUAAUUAUUUGCUUAUUUGUGUCUGUAGAAAAAAAAAUACAGACAUUGGGACUUAUUUUUUACUUACAGUAGGACUUUUGUUUACCGUUUUUUGGGCUCAGUUAAUUAAUGCAAGUUUUCCCUUUUAUGAAGUAAUUAAGAAAUGGGUAUCAUUAAUCAGUGAUUUUGCCAUUUCAGCAAACAUUUCUAAAUAUGGGAGUGACAUGACAAUUAAGCGCUGGUGUGAUGACAAUGCUUCAUAUUUGUAUGUGUAAGGUGUCCUUGAGUGUCAUAAAAAGGCACCCAUAAACAAAAUGUAUUAUUAUAUGGGAGGAAGGCUGAUAUAAACACUGUUUUUGCUGAGACUUCAGUCACUAUCACUUUUUGCAAAAGUGCUUAUAGCACAUAAUAAAGAUUAAACAUCUGAA